AUGCUCUCGAGACUUCUGCUACUCCCGGCUGCUGUCGCUCUCACAGCAGUCACUACGACGCUACACUCGAAGUCAGAUUGCUCUUCGCUUGCUCAUCCCGCGGCGUCUUCGUCACACAACGCUACUAUCCUCAACAGUACCUACUACCCAGCCAACUCGCUCAAUGUCUCCGGCUUUUUUAACCACCAUCCACUCUGCGAGGUAUACGGAUCUGUUCCAUGCGGAAGUAAUGACAGCCUGGUCUUUGCGAUAUGGCUACCUGAUCGAUCGGGGUACAAGGGCAGAUUCAUGGCUGUUGGCAACGGUGGGAUGGCCGGAACCAUCGACUAUGCCACGAUGAUGACCCAACUAAAUAGCGGUCUGGGCCUGGCAGUUGCGGGAGGGAACGCUGGGCAUUUGGCCUCGGAGAACAACGAUGGCGGCGGGGCUCCAGGCCUUUAUCUUCCCUACUUGCACGACAAGUCUCAAGUCACCGCUUGGAUCCACGAUGCCAUCAGCCUCUUCACUCCAGCCGCGAAGGCACUAGCUACAGACUACUACAAUCGUGCGCCCAGACACUCGUACUAUUAUGGCUGUUCCACUGGUGGCGCUCAAGGAUUUGCCCUGGCUGAAUUCCAUCCAACUCUUUUCGACGGCAUUUACGCGGGCUCUCCUGGCAACUGGUACUCACACUUGGCGUUGAGUUUCUUGUGGAAUGCACAACAUACGAACGUCAGUCGACGACUAACUAUUGCAUGUACGGACGUUCAUCUGACCCUGCAAAAUAGACACGUUCUACGAAUCUUACUCAAGCGGAACUGAACUUCACCACAAAUGCUGUUCUCGACGUCUGCGACGAUCUGGAUGGCGUGCAGGAUCGGUUGAUAGAGGAUUAACUCCGCUGCCAGUUCGAUAUUGAUUCCUUGCAGUGUACAAAUUUGACAAGCGGUCCUCUCUCCACUGUAGUGUCAUGCCUAGAGCCAGGCAAAAUUGCAGCAGCAAAGCAAAUCUACGCAGGGCCUCGACGCUCAGACAAUGGCUCACAACUCUAGCCCGGCUUAUCUUUCGGAAGCGAAACCGAAUGGAUCUUACAAGAAGGCAACCUCGCCAAUGUCUUCAGCAUACCUCUCUUGCAAAACCUGGCCUUUGACGAUCUUCAAUACGACAGCGACGAUUUCAACUGGGCCUCAGACGUAGCAGCUAUCGACGAGCGGGCAGGAGCCCUCAUAGAUGAGAUCAGUGCGGAUCUGUCGCCCUUUCGAGAACACGGUGGAAAGCUGCUGACCUCUCAAGGCUGGGCGGAUCCCUUCCAUGCAGCUACCUGGCGGAUUGAACAUCUCGCACAAAUAGAAGGCUUCUUCGGUGGCGACGUCAGCGACUUCUACAGACUCUUCACGAUCCCGGGUGGAGGCCACUGUGGAGCCGCAUCCUAUUACCCGCACGCACCAGCGACAUAUCACACGGUCUCAGCCCUUAUUGAAUGGGUCGAGGAGAGUCAAAAACCUGAGGCGAUCCUGUGUUCGAACCCUCCAGACGGCAGCAAUCGAACUCGAAAGUUGUGUCCUUGGCCCGCAACUGCUCACUUUUCGGCUGGUAAUUACGAUGACUGGACGAGCUACACUUGCCAAUGA